ACUACCAGUCUUAGCAUCCCUACUGACCCUUGCGCCCCGGGCUGGUACUGUAUCCGAGGGGCGUGGUCAAGCAUGCCAACAGAUUACAGCUUCAACAACAUCACUACCUCCUGCUUCUGUUCAUCCAACGCCACUGGAGGGCAGUGUUCGCCUGGAGAGUUCUGUCCCGAGGGUUCCAUUGAACCUACAAGCUGCACACCUGGCUACUACUGUGAGGGUUCCAGGCCUGGCCGAGCCAACCGGACCUUGCCAGGCUGGCUACUACUGCCCUGGUGGUCAGAAUACUUCUCAGCCGACAGAAUAUACAUGAACCCUGGGUCACUACUGCGAGGUCGGCAGCUCUGACCUUACCUCAUGUGCUUCUGGGUCGUACCAAGAUGACUUCGGAAUGGAUACGUGCAAGACCUGUCCUGCAGGCUUCUACUGUGAUGCGACGCUCCAGAAUGACACCUUCUGCAGCCACAGUGUCCAGAACCCUCAGCCAUGUCCCGAAGGCCACUACUGCCCCUCUGGCACCAAAUACGCCAUGGAGUAUGCUUGUCCCAAUGGAACCUUCAGUGACCAGACCUGUCUCCAGAUUGCGGGCGACUGCACUCCUUGUUCCGGCGGAAUGUAUUGCGCUCGCGAGGGUUUGACCGCGCCGUUCGGCGAAUGCGAGGCAGGGUUUUGCUGCAUUCUGGGCGCAUCGUUGCCUACGCCGAGGGAUGGAGUCACAGGUGAUAUUUGUCCUGUUGGAACAUACUGUCCUGCAGGAUCAAACAAGACGUACGACUGUCCACCAUCAACGUACAACCCUACAGAAGGACGUGAGUCCAUCUCAGAAUGUCUUGGCUGUGACCCAGGUGAAUACUGUCCUUUGUACGGCUUGAACGCCACAGCAGAUGACUGUGAUGCAAGAUUCUACUGUGCUGGCAACGCUACUUCGGCAUCACCUACUGAUGGAGAUACAGGUGAUGAAUGUCCAUUGGGUCACUACUGUCCAGCCGGGUCACCUCAGCCGAUCCAAUGUGAGCCAGGAUUGUAUACAGACACAACACAGAACGAAGCUUGUCUUCAAUGCACUCCUGGACACUACUGUAUUACAGGGUCCAACCCUGAGGACUGUCCGGCUAGUUUCUAUUGUCCUGAGGGAACUGGACAUGUAUGGGAGUCUUGCCCUCUCGGGUCAUUCAGUUCAUCCACUGGUCUGGCUAACGAAACCCAAUGCACUCAGUGCACCGCUGGACAUUAUUGUGACAUGGUCAACGUUACUACAGUAGCAGAUGACUGCGAUGCAGGGUUCUACUGCAGCAGAAGCGGUUCCGACGCCCGGCAGCCCAGUGAGUCAUCCCGCGGUUAUGCAGGAGUGUGCCCAGAGGGCUACUACUGCAUCCAAGGCACCGGGGAACCCGAGCCUUGUCCAGCCUCCACCUUCAACAAUGCUACCGGUAUCGCAAGUUUGGAAGAAUGCCAAGACUGCUUGGAAGGUAUGGAUGCCAUGAAAAAUCACUUGAUGUGUGCCUAUUCAUGUUUGUAGCCAACUUACAAAAUGUAUACUUUUCAAUUUAAAACAUUACAUAAGGCGAGGCGUCAAAAAUAAAAAUAAAAAAAGCUAGAAAACAUGAGCUCAGCCUGGCUGCCGCCGGCGGGAGGACAGUGAUAUGCCGUCAAACUCCGGCCUCUCGCAUGGAAGCCGAGCCUCUUCUUAAUGAGGUCGUCUGGCCGCCGCCGGCCUAAUUGAAACAGCCACCCGCGAUUUAUUACUGACAUUUUUUUCUUCUUGGAAUCUUGACACAACUCAUUUUAUCUCUCUUUGAAAUUCUUCGGUCUUUUCUUAUCACUUUUUAAAAGACAUUUAGAGUUUGGCCACUUUUUAAUGACAAAGAAUUAAGACAUGAGCUGACCAGACAAUUAAUAUUGAUAUUUUCUUAUCUUUCCUCCUAAAUCCAGCACUUGUAUUCUCGACAACAACAUGAUCUAAAAUAGGCUAUACACCCAUUCUACUGACCACAUCCUUAUUCCGACUGGGGUAGGGACUAUUAUAGAGUCACAAAAUUUUAGCAUGUAAACGUGUGUUCAAUUUCUUCCCCCUGACAUUCCUCACUUGGAUAAACAUAUUUCGAUCACGAAUGACAGGUGUUAAUUUAAUGAUAAAAAUGAUGCCUCGACAAGUGACGAUUAUUUUGAAUGCUAGUU